GGGGUAAACAAUAAUUUGGAGGAAAGAAAGAAAAAUGCGUUUGCGUCCAGUACACAUUUAUGCCCUCAUAAUCGCCUACUUCAAAGCCAGUCUCGCCCUUGGCGGUGACGGUCGCAAUGAAAUCACCGUGGGUGCGAUCUUCUAUGAAAAUGAAAAAGACAUCGAACUCAGCUUCGAUCAGGCGUUUCGCGAGGUCAACAACUUAAAGUUUGCCGAAUUGCGGUUCGUUACCAUCAAGCGGUUUAUGCCCACCAACGACAGUUUUCUUCUGCAGCAGAUUACGUGUGAACUGAUUUCCAAUGGCGUUGCGGCUAUUUUCGGACCAAGUUCAAAGGCAGCCAGUGACAUUGUUGCGCAAAUCGCAAACACGACCGGCAUUCCUCACAUUGAGUACGAUUUGAAGCUGGAGGCCACGCGCCAGGAGCACCUGAACCACCAGAUGUCCGUCAGUGUGGCCCCCUCCCUGUCCGUAUUGUCGCGCGCCUACUUUGAGAUCAUCAAGACCAACUACGAGUGGCGCACCUUCACUUUGAUCUAUGAGACGCCUGAGGGGCUGGCACGCCUACAGGAUCUAAUGAACAUUCAAGCUCUCAACAGUGACUACGUGAAGCUUCGUAAUUUGGCGGACUACUCAGAUGACUAUCGGGUACUGUGGAAGGAAGCAGAUGAGACCCUACAUGAACAGCGCAUAAUUUUGGACUGUGAGCCGAAAACUUUAAAGGAGCUGUUAAGGAUUUCCAUGGACUUCAAGCUGCAAGGACCAUUCAGGAACUGGUUUCUCACGCAUCUGGACACGCAUAGUUCUGGACUGAAGGAUAUCUAUAAUGAAGACUUUAAGGCUAACAUUACCUCAGUGCGAAUGAAAAUAGUAGACCCUAAUCCCUUUGAACGAAAGAAGACGCGUAUUUCCAAGGUGGAUCAAAUAUUGGGAAACCAAACCAUGCUGCCCAUUCUUAUCUUCGACGCUGUGGUCCUGUUUGCCAGCUCAGCCCGCAAUGUUAUUGCUGCCAUGCAGCCCUUUCACCCACCCAAUCGUCACUGCGGCAGCCCUUCUCCCUGGAUGCUCGGACCAUUUAUAGUCAACGAAAUGAAGACGAUAUCCGAGGAUGAUGUGGAGCCACACUUUAAGACUGAGAACAUGAAGCUGGACGAAAACGGCCAGCGCACCCACUUCAAUCUCGAGAUCUACAAGCCCACCGUGAACGAGCCCAUGAUGAUCUGGACGCCCGAUAGUGGAAUUAAGACGCGUCGCCUCAAUCUGGAACUGGAUAGUGCCGGCAGCCCUCAGGAUUUCUCGGAACAGCGGAGGGUCUACACAGUGGUAACGCACUACGAAGAGCCCUACUUUAUGAUGAAAGAGGAUCACGAGAACUUUAGGGGUCGCGAGAAAUACGAGGGGUAUGCCGUAGACCUCAUCAGAAAAAUUUCCGAGCUGAUGGAGUUCGAUUAUGAGUUCGUGAUAGUCAGCGGCAAUGGCAAAUACAACCCAGAGACAAAGCAAUGGGAUGGAAUUAUACGCAAACUGAUAGACCACCAUGCUCAAAUAGGCGUUUGCGACCUGACAAUCACCCAACUGCGACGAUCUGUUGUGGACUUCACGGUGCCCUUCAUGCAGUUGGGCAUCAGCAUUCUGCACUACAAGAGCCCCCCGGAACCGAAGAAUCAGUUUGCCUUCUUAAAGCCUUUUGCUGUUGAGGUCUGGAUCUAUAUGAUCUUUGCCCAGUUGGUGAUGACUUUGGCUUUUGUUUUCAUCGCCAGGCUUUCCUAUCGCGAAUGGCUGCCACCUAAUCCAGCUAUUCAGGAUCCAGAUGAGCUGGAGAAUAUAUGGAAUGUGAACAACUCGACUUGGCUGAUGGUGGGCUCGAUAAUGCAACAGGGUUGUGACAUACUACCUAGAGGUCCCCACAUGCGUAUUCUGACUGGAAUGUGGUGGUUCUUCGCCCUGAUGAUGCUCAGUACGUACACGGCCAACUUGGCGGCCUUUUUGACCAGCAACAAGUGGCAGAGCAGCAUUAAGAGCCUCCAAGACCUAAUCGAACAGGACGAGGUGCACUUCGGCAGCAUGCGGGGCGGCAGCACCUCGCUGUUCUUCUCCGAGUCGAACGACACUGACUACCAGCGGGCCUGGAACCAGAUGAAGGACUUCAAUCCGUCCGCCUUCACCAGCACGAACAAGGAGGGCGUGGCCCGGGUGCGCAAGGAGAAGGGCGAUUACGCCUUCCUGAUGGAGACCACCAGCCUGACCUACAACAUCGAGCGCAACUGCGACCUGACCCAGAUCGGCGAGCAGAUCGGGGAGAAGCACUACGGCCUGGCCGUGCCCCUGGGGGCCGACUACCGAACCAACCUCAGCGUGUCCAUACUGCAGCUGAGCGAAAAGGGCGAACUGUACAAGAUGAAGAACAAGUGGUGGAAGAACCACAAUGUCACCUGCGACUCCUUCCACGAGGUGGACGGCGACGAGCUGUCCAUCAUUGAGUUGGGCGGCGUCUUCCUUGUGCUGGCCGGAGGCGUCCUCACCGGCGUGAUUCUGGGCAUCUUCGAGUUCCUCUGGAAUGUGCAGCACGUGGCAGUGGAGGAGCGCGUGACCCCGUGGCAGGCUCUGAAGGCGGAACUCGCCUUCGCCCUCAAGUUCUGGGUCCGCAAGAAACCGAUGAGGAUCUCGGGCAGCAGCGACAAGUCUUCCUCCAGGCGGUCAUCCGGCUCCAGGAGAAGCUCCAAGGAGAAGACCCGCAGCAAGACCGUCAGUUAGGAGCUCUCUUGAGUUGGUUGCUUAUUUUACUUUGCCAUUUCAAAGAAAUGGUACGCUUGUCCUAAUACAUGCAUACAUAUAGGAGUAUAUGUAUGGAGCUAAAUUUAUAACAAUAUUUUAGAACACAGAUGAAGCAUUUGGUAUAUAUGGUAAGGCCGUCUGGAGAACUUCGGAGGGAAAAUAGAUACAUUUUCUGCUAAAAUAACUUAUAUAAUAUUAUUUUUCUUUAGACUCU